UGCAAGCAGCGGGGGACUGAAACUGCGCCGCAAGCCGUUAGGAGGUCGACCAGCAGACCCGAAGGCUGCGAUCCGGAGCGCGCUUACUUGGAUUAGUAGUUGCAGCUGAAAUCAGCAGCCUUUACAAACUUUCCAGUAAGCACGGCGAGGAUCGGAGUAGCCAAAAGCACCGGCAAGAGGCAAAAUAUGCUUGUCCGGCCCAUGUAAGAACAUUUUCUCGUCUGGAAAGCGGAGGAAAGGGCGGGCGGAAACAGGCCGGGUCGGGUGACGCGUUUCGAUUGAAACUUUUCUUUGGAAGCUCUUUUGCUCCCUUCUGCUGGGCUAGAGACCUCGGGCGAUGUACGUCACUGCUUAAUCCGGGCAACUUCUCUGCUGGUUACCUGAAAACUUCAUGCAAAGCUCCGGGCACUGAGAAGCUGAUCCGAAGUGCGGAUACUCAAGAAGCAAGCGCCGCUGCGUUCAAUGGGGCUCACUUCCUGGGGCUGCCUCUCUCCUCCAUCUUUCAUUUCAUUCCCUUGCGGUGGCACCGGUGCUCGUUUGGCUGGCAAGUCAAAACAUGCACAGCCCCUGGCAAUGUGACACCAGAACAUGGCUGGGCCGCAGGAGCUUGGGGACCCUCUGGGGGAGGGUGUUUUGGAGGCCGAAGCACCUGCUAGUUCCUGCUUGGCUGGCAACAGGCUCAACUUAGACGUCUACCCAGAGGGCUGUCGCCUGUUCCUCAAGCUGUAUGAGAAGAGAAGAGAAGAAGUGGAGCAGGUGGAAUUCUUGAGGCUGAGCUGCAAUGAGGAACUUAUCACUUCUACACUAAGCACCAUUCCGGUCCUGAAGGGCUUAAAAUCCCUUGUACUCAAAGGUGGACACACCAGAGAUGAAAUUGGCACUCCCCAGAGAGGGUUGGUGGCAUCAUUGCCGCAAGAGCUGGGGGAGCUAAGCCAACUUGCCCAUGUGGAUCUGGGCUUCAACAGCUUCAGUGCUCUGCCUUCCUGCAUCACCAAGCUGGGCAGCCUCAGGAGCCUCCUGGUGAGUCACAACAGCCUGCAGGGGCUGCCUGAGGACUUUGGCCAGCUCAGCAACCUCACUUUCUUCUCCGCCAUGAAGAACCAGCUCCAAGGUCUGCCGCAAAGCAUAGGGGAGCUGUCAGCACUACAAACACUGGACCUCUCUGAAAAUGCGCUGGAAUCGCUUCCCGAAGAGAUUGGGAACCUACAUAGUUGCACAGAACUGGAUCUCUCAGGGAAUCUAUUAACAGGAAUCCCUAGCUCUCUUGGCAAUUUGCAAUCUCUGCGGCAGCUCCAUCUUCACAGCAAUCUUCUGGUGUCAGUUCCUGCAUCCCUGGCUGGCCUUCCCAACUUGUCCAGGCUUGAUCUGCAAAACAAUAGGCUGCGCAGCAUCCCUCCAGAGAUCCAGAGCCUCCCCUUUGUGCAUCUGCGUGGUAAUCCUCUAGGAGAGCCAGAGGUGCCGCUGCAACCAGACUCAAGCUCAAGGCCAGAAAAAUUACAAAGACUGUUCCUUGAAGCUGGUGAGGAUAGCUUUACUGUGACCCCUGAAGGCUGCAGAGUUUUCCUAGCUUGUGGUGUCCAGUUUUGCUUCCCCUUGGGUGCCACCACCACUUCGGUAAAUAUCCACUUCCACAAGCACUCCCCUGACCCCCAGUGGGUAAAGCUGAAGGACCAUGACAUCCUGCUGAGUGAAGUCCUGGAGCUGCAGCCUCAUGGCAUUCAUUUCCAGAAGGAGGUGCUGAUCUGGCUGCCAUAUGCCUCCACACAGUACCUGCACGACCGUGAGAUUGUAAUUCGAACCUUCAGUGGGCAAAAUUGGAGCGACUUGAGAACCAGAGUGGAAUGGAAAGAAAAGCCAAAGAAGCAUGUGGCCUGCUGCAGCGUCCCUCACUUUUCCUGGUUCUUGGUUGUCUCUCGACUUGUGGAGAAUGAAUGCAGAGUCCCUCAAGAGGGUGCCUUGCUUUUUUCAACUGUUGAUCCCAACAUCAAAGUGACCUUUCCCCCUGGCGUGACCGAGGAGACGAGGACAGUGAAGCUCCAGGUGCUGCCUGUGUCUUCAGAGGACCUACAGGAGAUCACGAAUGAUCCUGAGACAGUUGCUAGCCCCCUCCUCUGCCUCUCCCAGAAUUCCAGCAUUGACUUCCUUCAGCCUGUAAAAAUUCAGCUCCCUCUGCCCCCAGGAGUCACAGGUCUGACCCUGGAUCGCUCCAGGGUGCAUCUGCUGCACAGUGACUGGAAUGCUCAGAACUGGAAUGACAUCACCAGUCAGGUGGUGCUGGAGUUCACCCACCUCUAUGCUUUGUUUGAAGUCACACACUUCUCCUGGUACUGGUUGUGGUGCACCACCAAGACCUAUAUUGGUGGCUUUGCCAAAUAUGUCUAUAAAAGGUUGCGCAUGUACCAGGUGAACUUCAUAGCUCUGCAGAGGAAGAAAGACCCUGAACAAGUCUUGCUGCAGUGUGUCCCAAAGCACAAGGUUGAUCCUGUUUUGAAAAGGCUCCACGACAGAUACCGAGGCCCUGAGCCAUCGGACAUGGUAGAGAUGGUUGAAGGGGAGCAGUUCUUUGCAGCCUUCGAACGAGGCAUCAGCAUUGAUGCAGACCGCCCAGACUGCACUGAUGGAAGGAUUUCAUUCAACUUUUUCUCUCACUUGAAAAACGUGAAGGAGGUCUACAUCACCUCUGAAGUGGACAGGAAAAGCAAAUCUGUGAAAGGGCAGGUUUCCUUUUACCGAGGUGCUGUUCCAGGGGACAUUCCUGAAGAGGUUACCAAGAGGAGGAAAGGCCCUGAUUCCCAUUGGCUAGCCACCUUGCCAAUCAAGCUACCCAAAUUGAAAUCCCAGGGAAAGGAGCAGCCUACAACCCCAAAUGGCUUUUCUUUCCCCCCUCUGAAUUUGGGGAAUGCUGAAACUGGCUACUUGACCCAGGCCAACCUACUUGCCAUUGCUGGGCGUGUUGGAGCUGAUUGGCCAACGAUUGGCUUAAACCUGGGUUUGUCUUACCAGGAGGUAGAGCAGAUACGAUACAAUUACAGAGACGACCUCGGUGCUCAGGUUCUGCAUAUGCUCUUCUCCUGGGCUCAGCAAAAUGAAAAGCACCCCGACUGUGUCGACAGGCUGAUCAGUGCCAUGAAGGAGAGCGGCCGCCAAGACAUAGCAGAUGAGAUCACAGCCAUCAUUGCGCUGGGAAGGCAAAAGUACAGGGAGUCCAUCAGGAGAGUGGGUCUAGACCAGGAGAGCAGCACCGAAGACUCUGCCAUUGCCAUGGUGUAGCUGCCAGCAGGAGGCCUCCAUUGCCUUGCUGUGGCUUGCAUUGGGCAGGCAGGAACCAAGCAAAGGACUGGCAGUGGAUCCGUGAAGGAGCUGAGGCUGAGCAGUGUUGACAACAUGCAUCUAGCCCCAAGUACUAAUGCUUGGUCUCUUGUUCUCACCCAGGGCUGCUAGAAUAAGAAUGACCUGCCGAACAUUAAUGAUGCAGAGACACGCUGAGCCCUAAAUGUUGCCAGUUUGGUAACUUAUUUAUUUCAUGUCCAUCACUACUCCUAUAAGGGGGGGAAACCAUCUGUGAUCUGUUGUUAAAUUCAAGAUGGUUUCUGUGGGUGUCACCAUGCCCUCAGAUACCCUCCUUGGUUCUUGGCAAGGCCUCCUGCCCCUCCUAUAUUGCAUUCCGAUUCUUCCAUGGGACUCAGCUAUCUGGAAAACAGACACUACCUCCCUCUUAGCACUCCCCCACCCUGAAUGCUUGUGGGCCCCACAAUGGGGUGCUUGGCCUACUUUUUUGUCUGGUCAAUAGUUUGGUGUGUGUUGCCU